UCGUCAUUGCGUCAGGCUGCCAUUGUGGAAUAUAUCGUACAGAAUCAAAUGUGUAACGAAUGCCAUCGGGUGGAGGCCAAGGAUUAUUGGCGUUGUGUUGUACAGGUGCGCCAGCAUGCCGAAAAUAAGUAUGUAAUUUAUGAUGUAAAUCCCCCCGAGGGAUUUAAUUUACGACGUGAUGUCUACAUUCGGCUGGCUGUGUUCUUUCGGAAGUUACAACGACGAAAAGCGGGAUAUGAAAAUGUCCGUCUAGUCCUGCCACCCUGGCGCCGUUUAUAUCACUGGCGUUCACAUCACAUCGAACAGGAUCAUUUGCCGUGGCGACAUUUCUUUGACAUCGAAAGUUUACGUCGAUAUGCUCCCGUUAUGGAUUAUCCGGAAUUCGUUGAGGAAAUACAACAGCUGGGUUUGGAGACCGCACACGACCGUGUUCCGGUGCAUCAAAUAUUACAACUUCGACAUUUCAAGGAUAUGUUUGAAAAUGGUGUGUUCAAAGACAAAUGGGAAUUCAGUGGAGAUUGUGAUGAUGGCCAACAAAUGAUGCAGGGGUCCUUUCUGAGGCAUGAUGACGUUGCAAUCAAGAACAGCACAAUCCAAUGUGUCAAUUUCCAAGGUAGUGCCAGUAUGUUGAGUCAGGUUAUACAGAGGGCAUGGCGUGGCAUGGAGAAUGAUAGUCUACCCAAAGUUUUGGUAAUUUUAAAUGCGGAAGUUGUUCUACAUGACCACUGGGCUGAUCGGGAAUUUUGGAGAGCUCGACGUUCAAUGCGUUUUGCCAAGGAUUUGGUUGAAAUAGCCCGACAGUAUAGGCAAACAAAUUUCGAUAGCAAUGAUGAACUGGAGGCAAUACAACGUCCACCAAUGUGGGAAUAUGAAAGUGCGGAAUAUAGAGGACAAGCUUUGGGCGGCCCCUAUCUUUGUGUUCACCUCAGACGUGGUGAUUUCCUGUAUGGUCGUGAAACCACAACACCCACCCUUAAGUCUUCAGCGUUACAGGUUAAAUAUCAUCUAUUAACGUAUAAUCUCAGCACGGUAUUCCUGGCCACCGAUGCCACAGCAUUUGAAAUAAAAAAUUUCAAAUCCUAUAUUCCCCGGCAUCGGGUUGUACGUUUUGUAACAGAAGAUCUGCAACAAAAAUCCAUGAUAAAAGAUGGUGGCAUUGCAAUCAUCGAUCAAUUGAUAUGUUCCCAUGCCCAUUAUUUUGUUGGCACCCAUGAAAGUACCUUCACCUAUCGUAUCUAUGAAGAACGUGAAAUUUUGGGUUUUCCCCAAGAGAGGACAUUCAAUACGCUGUGUAAAAAAUCAACUAUGGAAAAUUGUUUGCAAAAUUCCGUGUGGCCAAUUGUCUAUUGA